AGGUGUCCCGCGUUGUAAACAAACCCAGUAUGAAUGUGUGGAGUGUCAGGCGGCGCCCCUGUCAUGCCCUCCGCGGCCUGAAUUAACGAGUGCUGGCGGCCACGUGGGUGCUGGGGCAGGCUGGGGGUGUGGCGGCUUGAGGAUUGGCAGUACAGGUCAAGGCAUGCAGCUGGAGAGAUGGCGGAGAAGAAAAGUAUUGUUGUUAGAUCAUCCCAAAAAAGUACCAUCGCUAAGGUUGAAGUCAUCUCUGUACACAGCCACAAUGUAGCUUCAGUCACAGCACGUUACCCUGUGGGUGUGGUGGUGGCAGAGAGGAGGGUGGGUCCACCUGCUCCUGGUGCACCACGCCCAGUGUUCAUACCUGGCUGCCCGCUGCCCCAGAUCCUGUCCCAAGAUACUGCCAGUGCUGAGCUGGUGCGAGAAAAGGAAAAGCCACCAUGUACAUCAUCUAAAGCUAAUGUUCACAAGCCACUAAGGCACACAGUCCGUCCAAAGAGUGCUGAAGUAGAUAUGACUGUCAGAAGUACAAAUGAAGAUAAAGAAAAUCAUCCACUUGAUAAGGAGUAUGAUCCAGGAGUAUAUGUGGAUCUAUUACAAAGUUGUAGUUCUCAGAUGCAGUUUGGACAAAGAUCUCAGAGGACAAGAGAUACUAAAGGGGCUGUAGAAUCUGUGGACAAUUCUAAUUCCAAGAUGCAGUUUGAAAAUAUGUCUCCAAGACCUCACAAUGAAUUUUUAAGCAGCACAAAAAGGACAGUAGAUUCUGAACAAAGUUCUGAUACUCCAUUGCAGUUGGGAGAGUGUAGUUCAAAGGACACUGAAAGAACCAUUACUAGAGAAUCCUCCCACACUGGGCCUGCACGCUAUGUUCUCUUGCAUAGAGGGCUACUUGAGAUCAGUGACUCAAGUGGCAGUGGAGGUGAAGACUUGAGAAGAAAUAUGACAGAAAUGUCUGUGGGGCAAGUGAGUGAGAAGUCAACCUGUGAGAAACAUUACGGCAAAAGUGAUUAUUUCUCAAAUGUAGAAUCAGAACACAGAAGUGAUAUAGAUGAUGGAAGGCUGGCUAGUAACCAAGAGGUGGGUAGUGUUACAAGCUCUUCUGAUACAUCUAAUAUUGAGACUGUGGGAUGUGCUACACGAGUGAAAGUUACACGAGAGGAAAAUAAAAGAGAUGCCUUGACAGAGGAGAUGAAAGACCCUCAAGCCUCCAGGGUCGUGCAGAUGAAAAGGGGAUGUCUUAGUGUUAGGUCACUACCACAUGGCACAAGGAAACCCGGAAGUGAUCGAAGCAGGAGUGUGAGAGGUGCAAGUGUAGUGUCCAGUGUUGCAAGGGAAACAGCUAAGUGUGCCAAGUUGCCUCUCAAGGGACCAUCCAUCCAUCACCAGCAAUCAUCAGGAGCGAGCAGCAGAACAGGACACAAGGCGGCAGGCAGGAGAGGAGGAGCUUCUGAUAAAAGGUAUUUGAACUUGUAA